UCCUCUCAGAGCGGCGCGUGCGCAAGCGGAGCUGGAGCAGACGGUGAGCAGGGUCGCGGCCCUGCGGAGUUGGAGCUGCCGGUGACGAUGCUGUCCCCCGAGGCGGAACGGGUGUUGCGGUACCUGGUGGAAGUGGAGGAGCUCGCCGAGGCGGUGCUGGCGGACAAGCGGCAGAUUGUGGACCUGGACACCAAAAGGAAUCAGAACCGAGAGGGCCUCAGGGCCCUGCAGAAGGAUCUCAGCCUCUCUGACGAUGUGAUGGUUUGCUUCGGGAACAUGUUUAUCAAGAUGCCUCACCCUCAGACAAAGGAAAUGAUUGAGAAAGAUCAGGAUCAUCUGGAUAAAGAAAUAGAGAAACUCCGGAAACAACUUAAAGUGAAGGUCAACCGCCUCUUUGAGGCCCAAGGCAAACCGGAGCUGAAGGGUUUUAACCUGAAUCCCCUCAACCAGGAUGAGCUGAAAGCUCUCAAGGUCAUCUUGAAAGGAUGAAACUCAAGAACCAAGAUAGGGGACCUAAGACCAGCCUCCCCCACUCCCACCCCACCCCCGCAGGGUUCAUGGAGGACCCAGGACUCUCCAACCUUGAAACCUAAAAGGACAGGCUCUACGCUGUAAGGGGUGGGCGUCAGGACUCCAGCCAUGGCUCCUGUCCGAAGCCUCUUUGUCUGUAGCGCUUGGCUGCUCCAUGACGGUGGGAGGGAACCCUCAGCCUGCCAGUGUCUGCCGGCCUAACCACUGGGGCUGGGUGGACAUAAGACCCAUUGACAGGCCCUGGCAGCCACCAGUGGGUGGGUGGGGACCGCGUCUGUGGGGGUAUGAGAAUGACUGCAACAGACACUUCUCAACAGUGGCAGGCUGUUGAAAUGGGCCCCGGGCAGGGAAGAAAGGAGAGGGGGAAGAGUGGGAGCUUCAUUCCACAUUCCUGUCAGCAAGGGGGAGAGACAUUUCCGAGCAGCGUGUGUAACAAUUGGAAUAAAGCAGGAGGUUCACAGGUGGUUUCUGAACGAAGGUCAGAAUCUCGGUGCGUUGUGGUUUGCCACAGCAUCUGUGCGGCAGACUCACCAAUCCCCCCGCUGCCUCCAUUUUUGCCCCUUUUCCUGCUUGUUCCCGGAUGGAGCCGGUGCGUGCUGCCUGUCAGCCCCUCCGCAGCUGCUCUUCAGUCAGAACGCCUCCGAGUCCUGCACCAGAGACGGGUGAGGAGGCUGCCUCAGCCGACUGCGCAUUCAGGAUGCCCCUCCGCCGCCUCUGGAAGCAGGACCUGGGCCCGUGCUGCUCUGAGUUCCUGUCCGCCUUCAGUGGUCUCACAUCCUGACGUGAGGGCAACACGGUGUCUUUCCUGUUCAUUGAAGGCUCAAUAAAUGUUACCUAGUGAAUGAAUA